ACGAGACGGGGAGAUAGGAGCCGCCGGGAUGCCCCGGCGCCGGGCAGUGCCCACGCUGGCCUCGCUGUGCCUGCAGAGCCUGGCCCAGCACAUGCAGAGCCUCUGGGCCAAGGACUACAGUGACAACUACCUGGAUGAGUACGAGUUCCGCUUCCUCGUGGGCCCCUUCAACGACCUGGCCUGCGGGCUGGUGCAGGAGCUGCUGCGGGUGCUGGGUGCCAGCCGGCGCCUGUCGCGCGCGGCGCUGCACCUGCUGCUGCUGCCUCACCUGCGCCAGCUCAGCCUGCGGCCCUGCCCCAGCCUGGCCAACAACGCCCUGGGGCACCUCAUCGUCCUGCGCUGCCAGGGCCUGAGCUCCCUGGACCUGGGGGGCUGCGGGCGGCUGUCCCCGGCCGUGCUGGUGGACGUGGCCGAGGGGCUGCCCCGGCUGAGCCGCCUGGGGCUGGCACACACGCAGGCCAACGUGCAGGUGCUGUCGGCCGUGGGCUCCUGCUGCCGCCUCCUGCGGGAGCUCGACGUGUCGGGCUGCAGGAAGGUGACCCCGCGCGCCCUGCGGCACCUGGGCUACGACCCCCUGGCACGGACCCCCGGCUGCCCCGCGCUGCGAGUGCUGCUGGCCCGCGACCUGGAGCCCACCGGCGACGGGGACACGGUGGCCGCCGUGGCCUUCCUGCUGCUGGCCCUGCCGCAGCUGGAGGUGCUGGCGCACGGGGCCGUGCCGGACGCGCUGCGCCUGCUCCACGCGGGGCAGCUGGACGGCACCGCCGACCCCGAGGGCUUCCUGGCGCUGCAGGAGCUGGCGCGGGGCCGGGGGGCGGCGCCGGGGGGGCCCCCGCUCAGCCUGCCCCUGCGGCAGCUCGAGGAGGUGGAGGAGGACGCCCUGGGCACCGUCCACGCCGUGUGUCCCCGGGCCGAGGAGCUCAGCGUGUGGCUGGGGGACGGGCCCGGCCCCGCGGGGCUGCGGGAGCUGCCGGGCUGGCAAUGCCUGUCCCGGCUGACGCUGGGCUGUGCCGGCCGGCACGGCCGGGCGCUGGCAGAGGUGCUGCCGCUGGCGGAGGCCCUGGGCGCCCGCCUGCACGCCCUGACCCUGCACGGCUUCAGCUGCCCGGACCCGCUGUCGCUGCCCGCCCUGCUCUCCGGCUGCCCCAGCCUGCAGAGCUUCAGCACCGAGCUGCACGUGCCGCCGGACCCCCACGCCCCCGCCGAGCCCCCCGCCCCGCCGCCCCGCUGGGCCACCGACCUGCUGCCCCUGGGGCUGCCCCAGCUCCAGAGCUUCUCGCUGGCCCUGGCCGGGCCCGUGCCAGCCGCACACGUGCCGGUGCUGAGCUCCACGCUGGCCUCGGUGCUGAGCCGGGCCCCGCGGCUGCAGACGCUGCGCCUGCUCACCCUGCCCUUCCCGCUGGACUCGGUGCUGGAGCCGGAGCUGGGGGAGCUGGGGGAGCUGCAGGAGCUCUCGCUGGCCGGGAGCCACGUGUCCCCCCACACCGUGUGGCACCUGCUGGGCUCCGAGGGGCCCCUGCGGCGCCUGGACCUGUCCCGCUGCCCCCACAUCCACCGGCGCGACUACGAUGGGUUCCUGCAGUUCGUGCAGAGGCAGCGCCUGGACCUGGACAUCGCCUGGGAGUGACGGCACCGGGGGCUUUAAUAAAGGGGUCACAGUCCCA